AUACAACAUGCCUAAUGGUGAAACCUAAUGACAAAAAUUAAGCUGCUCAUUAGCUUAUCUCUGUUUGACCAGAACAGAUGGCUUUGAUCGUGUGGAAAUAUAAAUACAAUAAUCAUUAUGUUAUUUAAAAUACUAUGUUUUGUGCUGUGUGUAAAUAAAUUAGUUGCUGCGGUCCCAGCUGGUAAAUGCGAUGACACUCAAUUUGCAUGUAGUGGGGGAUGCAUUUACAAUUAUCGGGUGUGUGAUGGCAUAAGAGAUUGUAAGGAUGGCAGCGAUGAAAUCUUCGGCACGUGCUUUAACACAACUUGCACUGGAUUCCGUUGCAAUUAUGGUGGCUGCGUGGAUAGCUUAGCUUUGAAUGAGACUCAAUCGAAAUGCCUGGACGAAAGCGAUUUGAAUCCAUUUUUGAUUGCCGAUGAUGAUGAAAUGUCUAAAUUAGUAAGACGCAUGCGCGGAGACUGCAGUAACUUGUAUGCUUUUGAAUGUCCGUAUGACAAGAAGUGUUUGAAGCUCAGUGAACUGUGCAAUGGUCACCAGGAUUGCGCUGAUGGCAAAGAUGAAACGGCCGACUUGUGUACAUUCAACACAUGUCCUAGCAAUGCGUUCCGAUGCGAGUAUGGUGGCUGCAUUGACAAGCACUUGGCUUGCAAUCAUAAAAGUGACUGCUUCGAUCAAAGUGAUGAGAAUAAAAUAAUGUGCCUGAAGAUUAGAAGCAAUGAAACGGAAUGGAAAGUAGACUGCUGCGGGGUGGAGCUAGGACCGGGUAUGGAAAUAUCGGAUUUGUUUCUAGAUUAUCCGCUUCAGAAUAAACAGAGGGUUCCAGAGGGUACUUAUAUUGAAGUAAGAUGUAAAGAGGGUUACCAACUUUCUGGCAAAGCCAUCACCACGUGCGUUGGAAGCAACUGGAAAGAGAUGCCAAGCUGCGAUCGGGAGUGCCCACAAAAAUCUGAAGUACGCAGCAUUCAAUACUCCACUCAAUGCAUAGAAACCGUUCCCAUUGCCUGUACGCAAAAUAAAUUCAGAGAGUCUGCAACAUUGACAGUUACAUGUGCUCCCGGCUAUAAAAGUACAGAGAAAAAUGUUGAAGUUGGUGAGCACUACUGUGUUGGCAAUGGGACGUGGACCACUAAGCGUGCUAAUCCAAGUUGCGAACCUGUUUGCGGCAUUACCUCCGUUUAUCACUCUGAACUGACGCCCUGGACUGUAAGCAUAUUUCAACGCAUGGACUCCCAGCCGUUGUAUAAAUUUAUAUGCCUGGGCACAAUUUUGUCCGCUCAUCUUAUAUUGACCGCCCGGAGCUGUAUCCGUGAUACUAAAAGAAACAAUCAUUUAAGCUACACAAUUGUGGAGGGCAGAUCUGACGUUGAGUUUUCUCUGAAUGACGAGCACAGCUAUGUAUUGCAUAACGUCUCUAAAGUUCAUUCUCUUGUUCCGCAAGCAUCCAUACUUCAGUUGGUGAAGCCAUUUAGGUUUGGAGAUACCAUAAGGCCAGUAUGCCUGAAAGACAAAACACCGGAUACUAAGGUUAAUCCUACGGACUUUAAGUUCGGCGAAGGGCUUGUCGUUAAUGUAGACGACACAUUUAGUUUAACGCACUUUAUGGACGAAUCGGAAAAUACAGUUCCGGUGAACAUGCAUUUGAAGCAAAUUAGAAAUUUAAUUAAAGAAACAGAAAUUUUUAAUCACGCUAAUGUCUUUAAAAUACAAAAUUUAAACUAAUAAAUAUGAGAAUGCACAGAAGAUGGAG